UGCACCAACGGCGCCGACGGGGGCUUCCGCUGCCAGUGCCCGGCAGGUGGCUUCGAGACGCCCUUCUGCGAGGUGUCCACACGCUCCUUCCCACCGCGAUCCUUCGUCAUGUUCCGGGGCCUGCGCCAACGCUUCCAUCUCACCCUCGCCCUCUCGUUCAGCACUGUGGAACCCAGUGGCCUCCUGCUCUACAACGGGCGCCUGAACGAGAGGCACGACUUCCUGGCAGUGGAGAUCAUCCAGGGGCAGGUCCAGCUGAAAUACUCCACAGGAGAGUCCAGCACAGUGGUGAGCCCCUACCUGCCAGGGGGUGUGAGUGAUGGGCAGUGGCACACGCUGCAGCUCCGCUACUACAACAAGCCCAAAGUCAGCGCCGUGGGGGUGGUGCAGGGCCCCUCCAAGGACAAGGUGGCCGUCUUGACAGUGGACAAAUGUGAUGCCUCAGUGGCCCUGCAGUUUGGCAGUGAAAUUGGGAACUACUCCUGUGCCGCAGAGGGUGUGCAGACCAGCUCAAAGAAGUCCCUGGACCUCACAGGUCCAUUGCUCCUCGGAGGGGUCCCCAACCUGCCGGAAAACUUCCCUGUCACUCACCGGGACUUUGUGGGAUGCAUGAGAGACCUAUACAUUGACAGCAAACGCAUUGACCUGGCCUCCUACAUUGCCAACAACGGAACUGCUGCAGGCUGCCAUGCCAAGCACACGUUCUGUGACUCCAGCCCCUGCAAGAAUGGUGGCACCUGCUCUGUCAGCUGGGGGACUUACUCCUGCGUCUGUCCUGUUGGCUUUGGGGGCAAAGACUGCCGCCACCCCAUGCACCAUGCCCACUAUUUCCAGGGCAACAGUGUCCUGACCUGGGACUUCAAGACAGACGUGAAGAUCUCUGUGCCAUGGUACCUGGGGCUGGCGUUUCGGACACGCCAGCCAGACGGGGUGCUUCUGCAGGCCCAUGCCGGCCAGUACACCACCCUGCUCUGCCAGCUGGCUGGGGGCCUGCUCUCCUUCAUGGUGAGCAGGGGGUCCGGGCGCAGCACCAGCCUUCUCCUGGACCAGCUGCGGCUCAGCGACGGGAGAUGGCAUGACCUCCAACUGGAGCUGCGGGAUGUCCGCAGUGGGCGAGACUCACGCUACGUCAUCACCCUCACCCUGGACUUUGGGGUCUACCAGGACACAGUGGUUGUCGGAAAUGAACUGCAUGGCCUGAAGGUGAAACACCUGCACGUGGGGGGAGUCCUGGGCUCUGGCGAGGUGCAGAACGGGCUGAGGGGCUGCAUACAGGGUGUGCGACUGGGUGACAGCAUCACUGGGACUGUGCUGCCCAAGCCCAGCCAUGCCCUGCGGGUGGAGGCUGGCUGCAGCGUGCCGAGCCCCUGCAACUCCAGCCCCUGCCCGGCCAACAGCAUCUGCAAGGACGAGUGGCAGAGCUACUCCUGCGUCUGCCAGCCAGGCUACUACGGAGAGGACUGUGUGGAUGUGUGUCACCUGAACCCCUGCAAGAACAAGUCGGUGUGUCGCCGCAAGCCAGGCUCACCCCUGGGCUACGUGUGCGAGUGCGGAGGGAACUUUUUCGGGCAGUACUGUGAGCAUAGGAUGGACCAGCAGUGUCCGAAGGGCUGGUGGGGGAACCCGACCUGCGGGCCCUGUAACUGUGAUGUGAACAAGGGCUUUGACCCCGACUGCAAUAAAACCAACGGGCAGUGCCACUGCAAGGACUUCCAUUACCGCCCCAAAGGCAGCGACACCUGCCUGCCUUGCGACUGCUACCCUGUGGGCUCCACCUCGCGCUCCUGCGACAAGGAGACAGGCCGGUGCCACUGCCGGCCCGGGGUCAUCGGGCGCCAGUGCAAUAGCUGCGACAGCCCUUUUGCCGAGGUGACGCCCAGCGGCUGCGAGGUGCUCUAUGAUGGCUGCCCCAAAAGCCUGAAGGCGGGUGUGUGGUGGCCCCAGACCAAGUUUGGGUUCUCGGCUGCGGUCCUGUGUCCCAAAGGCUCCUUGGGUGCAGCUAUCAGACACUGUGAUGAGGAGAAGGGCUGGCUGGAGCCAGAUCUCUUCAACUGCACUUCACCUGCCUUCAAGGAGCUCUCCGUGCUGCUGGAGGGCUUAGAGAGGAAUGAGACUGAGCUCAACACAAUUGAAGCCAAGAAGCUGGCCCACCAGCUCCGGGCUGUGACAGACCACAUGGACCACUACUUUGGCAACGACGUGCACAUCACUUUCCGCCUGCUAUCCCGCCUCAUGGCCUUUGAGAGCCGGCAGCAUGGCUUUGGCCUGACAGCCACGCAGGAUGCCCAUUUCAAUGAGAACCUCCUGCAUGCAGGCAGCUCCGUGCUGGCGCCCGAGAACCGGGAGCACUGGGCCAUGCUGCCACACAGUGAGCACGGCAGUGCCAGCCUCAUGGAGCAGCUGCGGGACUACUCGGGCACGCUGGCCAGCAACAUGAAACUCACCUACCUCAACCCUGUCGGUGUUGUCACCCCCAACAUCAUGCUGAGCAUCGAUCGCAUGGAGAACCAUUCCCAUAUCCGCCGGCGCUACCCUCGAUACCACAGCAGCCUCUUCCGGGGCCAGCCCGCCUGGGACCCCCACACCCAUGUUGUGCUGCCGCUGUCGGUGCUGAGCCCCGCAAAAGCUGAAGCUGCCCCCGUGGCAGUGCCCACACCGGCUGGGGGCGAAGGGAACUACACUCUGGAGAACACCAGAGUACUGCCAGAGCCCGAGCCCGCUCUCACUGUGAUCAUCCUCAUCAUGUACCGCACCCUGGGGGGGCUGCUGCCUGCACGCUACCAGGUGGAUCGCCGCAGCGUCAGGCUACCCAAGAAUCCCGUGAUGAACUCCCCCAUCGUGAGUGUGUCUUUGUUCAGCAAUCACACCUUCCUGCGGGGGCCCCUGGACACCCCUCUCGUGCUGGAAUUUCACCUGCUGGAGACGGCCAACAGGAGCAAACCUCUCUGCGUCCAGUGGAACCACUCCAACCCGACCAACCCCUCCGGCUUCUGGACAGCCAGGGACUGUGAGCUUGUGUACCGAAACACCACACACGUCCACUGCCAGUGCUCCCAGUUUGGCACCUUUGGGGUUCUGAUGGACAGCUCACACCGAGAGCAACUGGAAGGUGACCUGGAGACAUUGGCAAUUGUCACCUAUUCCUUGGUGUCUCUCUCCUUGGUGGCUCUGCUGCUGACCUUCUCCUUCCUGACCUGCCUCAAAGGCCUCAAGUCCAACACACGUGGCAUCCACUCCAACAUAUCAGUCACCCUCUUUUUCUCUGAGCUGCUCUUUCUCCUGGGUAUCAACCGCACCGAGAAUCAGGUCUGUGGGCUUGAACAAGCACACCUAUGGGGUUGGAGCAAGGCGUGGUUUCUUUGCACUGUGAUUGCCAUCCUCCUGCACUGCUUCUUCCUCUCCACCUUCGCCUGGCUCUUUGUCCAGGGCCUCCACAUUUACCGCAUGCAGACCGAAGCCCGCAAUGUCAACUUUGGGGCCAUGCGUUUCUACUAUGCCAUCGGCUGGGGAGUGCCCGCCAUCAUCACUGGGCUGGCCGUUGGCCUGGAUCCUGAGGGAUACGGGAACCCUGACUUCUGCUGGAUUUCCAUUCAUGAUAAGCUGGUCUGGAGCUUUGCAGGCCCCAUUACUGUCGUCAUUGUGAUGAAUGGGGUCAUGUUCCUGCUUGUGGCCAAGAUGUCCUGUUCCCCAGGCCAAAAGGAGACCAAGAAGAAAUCGGUUCUCAUGACGUUACGGAGCUCCUUUGUUCUGCUUCUAGUUAUUAGCACUACCUGGCUCUUUGGCCUCUUGGCUGUCAACAACAGUGUCCUGGCUUUCCACUACCUCUACACUGUCCUCUGCAGCUUCCAGGGUCUGGCUGUGCUCAUCCUGUUCUGCGUGCUGAAUGAGGAGGUGCGGGAGGCCUGGAAGCUGGCCUGCCUCAGCAAGAAGGGGCAGAACGAGGAAGCCACGAGGAGCACGCAGGGUCCCAAUGCCUACAACAACACAGCGCUGUUUGAGGAGAGUGGGCUCAUCCGCAUCACCCUGGGGGCUUCCACCAUCUCAUCAGUGAGCAGCGUGCGCUCUGCCCGCACCCACUCCAGUCAGCGGGCUUACCUCAGAGACAACGUGACAGCACGUCAGGGCUCGGCCCUAGAUCACAGCCUGCUGGCUCACGCUGGCCCCACAGACAUCGACGUGGCCAUGUUCCACCGUGAUGCUGGGGGAGACCAGGACUCAGACUCGGACAGUGAUCUGUCUCUGGACGAAGAACGCAGCCUCUCCAUCCCGUCCUCGGAGAGCGAGGAGAACGUGCGCCUGCGGGGCCGCUUCCAGCGCCAGUUCAAGCGGGCGGCACACAGCGAGCGCCUCCUCACUAACCCUGCCAACACCACUCCCAAAGAUGUGGAUGGCAAUGACCUCAUGUCUUACUGGCCAGCUCUGGGCGAAUGCGAGGUUCACCCCUGCUCCCUGCAGAAGUGGGGCUCUGAGCGGAAGUUGGGGUUUGACAUCAACAAGGACGCAGCCAACAAUAAUCAGCCGGACCUGGCCUUGACCAGUGGGGAUGAGAACUCCCUCACCCAGACCCAACGGCAAAGAAAAGGGAUUUUGAAGAACCGCCUCCAGUACCCUCCGACUCUCCAAGGCCUGCCAUCCGUUGGCAGGAUGACCAAUGAGCUAACAUGGUACAAGACCUCCACACUGGGUCACAGGGCUGUCCCUGCUGCCUCCUACGGCAGGAUCUACUCUGGGGCGGGCAACCUCCUCGAUGCCCUCCGCAAUGUGCCCCUCGACGCCUCGCUCCACCACCUCCCACAGCAUUUCAGAGCUGUCACCAGACUCAGAUGGGCUGGCAUGCAGGAGGGCCAGGUGGCCAUGGCAGCGGAUAUGGUGCUGAGCCACCGGGCACCCCACAAGGUGCUGAGCGAGGCCGACUUGGAGGAGGUGGCGCAGCGGAAACCUCCCACUGAGCCCUCGCUGCGCAGUUGUCUCCGCAAGACCAGAUGCUCGGUCUCCACCGCCAAGUCCCUGCUCUUCCGGUUCCUGCCCUUCCUGCGCUGGCUGCCCCGCUACCCUGUUAAGGACUGGCUCCUGGGGGACAUUGCCUCGGGCUUCAGCGUGGGCAUCAUGCACCUGCCCCAGGGGCUUGCCUACGCGCUGCUGGCUGGACUGCCGCCUGUCACCGGUCUCUACUCUUCCUUUUACCCCGUCUUCCUCUACUUCUUCUUUGGAACAUCCAGGCACAACUCCGUGGAGGUCCUGGUGCUGACCUUGGGCUCCCUGCCCACACCCUGACUGUCCUUAGGCCCCUUUGCCGUCAUCUCCGUGAUGAUCGGGAGCCUGACAGACUCCCUGCUGCCCAGUGAAAACUUCCUGGAAUCUGUCAAUGGCACCAACGUCACGAUGGUCAAUGAGGAACGGCGCGAUGCUGCCAGGGUGGAGCUGGUGGCCACCAUCACUGUCCUGACAGGCAUCUUCCAGGUGGCCCUGGGCCUCCUGCAGUUUGGCUUCGUGGUGACCUACCUCUCGGAUCCACUGGUGCGUGGCUACACCACUGCUGCCUCCGUGCAUGUCCUCAUCUCGCAGCUCAAGAACGUCUUCGGGGUCUCCCUAGGAGAGCACUCGGGUCCGCUCUCGCUGUUCCUGACCUUCAUCGAGAUCUGCCAGAAGCUGCCAGAGACCAACGUGGGCACCCUAGUGACAGCCAUCAUUGCUAUGGUGGCCAUCUUCAUCGUGAAAGAGCUCAACCACAAGUUUGCCGCCAAGCUGCCCAUGCCCAUCCCCAUCGAGCUUAUCACGAUCAUCAUCUCCACCGGCAUCUCCUAUGGCGUCAACCUGAAUGCCAAGUUUGGCAUCUCCGUGGUGGGCAACAUCCCCAGUGGGUUGAAGCCGCCCGUGGUCCCUAAUGUCAGCUACUUUGGGCAGGUGGUGGGCAAUGCCUUCGCCAUUGCCGUGGUGGGCUAUGCCAUCUGCAUCUCCCUGGGCAAGAUCUUUGCCCUGAAGCAUGGCUACAAAGUGGACAGCAACCAGGAGCUGAUUGCGCUGGGCCUCUCCAACUUCCUGGGGGGCUUCUUCCAAUGUUUUGCCAUCAGCUGCUCCAUGUCGCGGAGCCUGGUGCAGGAGAGCACGGGGGGCAACAGCCAGGUAGCCGGUGUCAUCUCAUCCUUGGUCAUCCUGGUGACCAUCCUGAAGAUUGGAGAGCUCUUCCGGGAUCUGCCCAAGGCCAUCUUGUCUGCCAUCAUCAUCAUCAACCUCAAGGGCAUGUUCAAGCAGUUUGAUGAUCUCUGCAUGCUCUGGAAGUCCAACCGGGUGGACCUGAUGGUUUGGGUCGUAACAUUCGUGGCCACCCUCUUGCUGAACUUGGACAUUGGCCUGGGGGCUUCGGUGGCCUUCGGGCUGCUCACUGUCAUCUUCCGCACCCAGCUCCCCCACUACUCCAUCCUGGGACGCAUCUCCGACACCGAUGUCUACAGGGACGUGGCUGAAUACGAGAUGGCAGAGGAGAUCCCUGGUGUGAAGAUCUUCCGCUCCUCCUCCACCCUCUAUUUUGCCAAUGUGGAGCUGUAUGCCGAGGCCCUGAAGAAGAAGAGCGGCAUUAAUGUGGACCGCCUGAUCGAGAAGAAGAAGAAGGCCCUCAAGAAGCUGAAGAAACAGCAGAAGAAAGCGGAGAAGGAGAAGGCAAAGAGGAAAAAGGUGCUUCCCCACUGCAGGGGACCCCUCCAGUGCCACCUUGCCCCCCAGGAUGCAGAGGACGGGAUUAACGGACCAGGCGUGGCGGUGAUUGAGCUGAGCGGGGCGGAGAGCAGCGCACCCCCAGAGCCCACCCUGCGUACCCUGGGGCUGCCCCAGCCCAACUUCCAUGCCGUCAUCUUGGAUUUCAGCCCUGUCAGCUUCAUGGACACUGUCUCCAUCAAGUUCCUGAAGAAUAUCUUCAGGGAUUUCCAUGACAUAGAAGUGGACGUCUUUGUUGCUGGCUGCCCGGUGCCUGUCCUUGCCCAGCUGGAGCGGAGCAACUUCUUCAGCUCAACCAUCACCAAGCACUGCUUCUUCCCCUCGGUGCAUGACGCCGUGGUCCACAUCAGCAGGGACCCACACCAGGCCUCG